UUCAAGAAUUAUAACAAUAGACAACAGUAAUUUGGUUUUAAAAUUCUUAUCUUUAGUUUUAAUAAAUUAGACACUACUUUGUCUAAUAAUAAUAAUUGGAACAAAUUUGUAAAUUUAUAAUAUUUGAAAUUUUAACUCUUUUUCCUAAACUACAUGUUGAGAGAAAGAAGAGAUUGACCUUUUGACAGAUUCAUUCACACUUGACAGUUUUAUGGAAAAUAGAUAAUCUUCUGGCGUCUACUGUUUAGAGCAAUUAAAAUAGUUUUUAGUAAUUUAUUAUAACUGAACUUCUAUAUUUUAGCAAAAUAGGACCUAAAGGUCUUAAUAAUAUAACAUAAAAAGUGCCUGAUAUGUAAAUAUGUGAUAUUCAGGAGUUGAAACUGGGCGCAUUGCCCUUUAAUCGCACCGUUACUUGAAGUGAUAUUUUGUCAAUAAUUGUACCAUGAAUAAACAAGAGGUUAAAAUUUCAUGGUAGUUCGUUUUUGGUUGGCUUUAAGUGACUUAUGGGCAAUGAGACUGCGAGAGAUAUGGAGACUGAAUCAGUAAAAUCAGAAAACAGUUCGAAAUCUAGACGAUCUAGGAGCCACAGAGACAGGACAAGCAACUACAGACACCAUUCACACAGGAGCACAAGAAGCAGUAAAUCUAGAAGAAACGACGAUAUGGCCCCAUUUCAGACAGCAGUUACUAUGACUCCUGACAAUAGAGAUGGACAGGAAGUGAUAGAAGUACAGAUCCUACCACAAGAUGACAACUGGGGUGAAAACACUACUGCAAUAACUGGAAACACAUCAGAGCAAUCAGGAUCAGCUGAAGAUAUCUGCAACUGGCCCGGAGAACCUGAUACAGGUUUAGGUUUUGUUUGUCAGAGAUAUAUGGGUACAAGUAUAACAUAUAUUUUAUCUCUUGCUGCCUUUUCAAGUCCUAUAGCGAUGGUUUUACUGCCAAAGAUGGGUUUCUUUCCUGAUCUUUCUGCUAGAAUAGGUCUUGCUGAUAGCACAAAACUGCUGGCUUGUGGUGCUGAAUGUAAAGGCCAGUUGGUGUCUUUGGCUUUCAAGAUGGUAAUUCUUGCAAUUGGUGCCUGGGCGGUGUUUCUGAGAAAACCACAAGCAACACUGCCUAGAUUCUUUUUGUUUAGAGCAGGGAUACUAGCUCUUUUAUUAGUGUGUACUUUCGCCUAUUGGCUCUUUUAUAUAGUUCAAGUGACUGAGACAGCCAGAGCAGCUACAACACCAGAAGAAACUGUAGAUUAUAAAGCCUUGGUAGCUUAUGCAUCAAGCUUGACUGAUACUUUACUUUUUAUACAUUAUUUAGCUGUAGUUUUAGUAGAAAUAAGGCACUUACAGCCAAUGUACUACAUUAAGAUUGUUAGGAGCCCAGAUGGAGCUAGUUGUGCAUAUGGUAUAGGCCAGUUGAGCAUUCAGAGGGCUGCUGUGUGGGUGCUUGAGAAGUAUUACACAGAAUUUCCUAUUUACAAUCCUUAUUUAGAACGUAUACCAGUGUCGAAAUCUAGGAAAACAUCUUCGAGUUUUAAAUUUUAUGAAGUAGAUGGCAUUAAUUCAUCUCAAAUUCAACAGUCCCAGUCUAGAGCUAUGUUAGCCGCUCAUGCGAGACGACGUGACUCAAGUCACAAUGAACGUUUUUACGAAGAACAUGAGUAUGACAGGAGAGUUAAAAAGCGCAGAGCAAGACUUAUUACUGCUGCCGAAGAGGCUUUUACUCAUAUUAAACGUUUACACAAUGAUCAAGUAUCGUCAAUACCCAUGGACUCACAUGAGGCUGCUCAAGCUAUUUUUCCUUCAAUGGCCAGAGCUUUACAGAAAUACUUGCGCGUUACAAGGCAACAGCCGAGGCAUUCCGUAGAUAGCAUUUUGAACCACUUGGCCAAUUGCCUCAGCAAUGAUCUGACACCAAAGGCUUUCCUCGAACCUUAUCUAGUUUCUGAACCUGUGUUACAAAAUGACAAAGAAAAGAAAGAUGUACAAACAUGGGCUUUGAUUUGUGAAGAAAUCUUAACGAGACCCAUAGGUGAUGGUAUAUUUUUCCAGUUGAGACAGAAUGAUGUCUCUCUUUUGUGCAAUAUUAAAAAAAUACCUCACUUCAAUGUAACUGAGGAAGUUGUUGAUCCUAAAAGCAAUAAAUUUGUGUUGAGGUUGAAUUCAGAAACAUCUGUAUGACCAAUAGAGUACUCCAGGUCUUUCGAUAGGCUGAUAUGAUUUUUGCAUAUCUUGUUUGAGAGUAAUAAUGAAAAUAUCUAUAUUUUUGACAAAAUUUGAAAAGUAUUUGGUACCGUUUGUGGAUUUUUUUGAUUGAUGAUCAGUGAGAUUGAAGUGCCCUUUUUAACACUGAGUUUUAAAAGAGCUACUCCAGUCUUUAUACACAAAAAUAACUUUUAAGUAAAGGUUUAAGACAUCUCAAAAUAAUUAUAACCUUUUCACUUCAAAAACAUGUUACAUCAUCGAAGAUUUCUGAUGCCAGAGCAUUGCCAAAACAUUAGAAUUUGACUUUUCAUCAUGGCCAUAUUUAUUGUACAGUGAGAAGACAAGCAUCAUUACUUGUCAGAGAUAUUUUUCUUUGUUUUUGUUUACGGUACAAAAAUAAUAUCUAUAAUUAUUUAUUCUAAUUAUUAAAGAUGUCAAUCGGUUUUCAUUACUUGCCGAAAUAUACGAAUUAGCAACAAUAUUAUCAUAGUAUAAAAUCUUUAAAAUAGACCAUUUAAUAUUUUAAGGCUAAAAAUGAUAGAUGAAAGUACUGAACAGUAUUUAAUACGAAUAAAAUAUUACAAAAUCUACGAAGAAAAGGUAUUAUUUUUUCGUGUUAGGUUGUUAUAGCAUUACAUUGUUUAUAAAGAAAUAAUGGAUUUGCAUUUUUUUGAUCUAAAUUAGGUGUUCACAGGUACUUUAUUAUUAUUAUUUUAUUCGUAUUAAAUACUAUUCAGUACAUGCAUCUAUCAUUAUUGCCUUAAAAUAUUAAAUGAUCUAUUUUAUUGAUUAUACACUAUGAUAACAUUGCUGUUAAUUAAUAUAUUUCGGCAAGUAAUGAAAACCGAUUGACAUCAUUAAUUAGAAUAAAGAAUUAUAGAUAUUAGUUUUGUAAUAGUAAACAAUAACAAAGAAAAAUAUCUCUGACAAGAAAUGAUGUCUAGAUUCUCAUUGUAAAAUAAACAUGACCAUGAUGAAAAGUCAUAUUCUAAUAUAUUGGCAAUGCUCUGACGUCAGAAAUCUUGAAUAACAUAAGCGUGCUUUUGUAGUAAAAAGGGUAUAUACUAUAUUCGUUUAGUAAAUUAAUAAAGUCGUGACGUCAUAUGAGAUCAAUAUCAUUCACAGAUAUAUCUAAUAUCUAAUGGUAAAAGUCGAAGAAACGUGUUUUCUUUCAAUUUUUUCUCAAAUUCUUUAUAGAAGGAAUUCCAGUCAAACAUGGUCCCAAUUACUGCGAUUUUUGUGUAUGAAGGCAAAGUAGCAUAGUUUGAACGUAUAGAUGUAAGAGAAUUCACCAAAGGACUGCUUUGGCACAAAAGCGUUUUAAUUUUAAGUACUUAAGUUUUUUUCUAUCUCAAUAUUUUUCUCUUGAUUUCAAUUUGAAUCUCUCUUUUUUUUUAAUUGUUUUGUGGCCACAAAGUACACUUGCAUAUGAAGUAACGCACAAA